UCUUUGUAGAGUCCAGUGACAGAGCAAGAUGCUGUCGAAAGAUCUGAUUGGUCAGCUGAGAUCUUGUACAGGCAUAGUGGGUGGACAUCACGGCGAUCCGGAGAAACAGCCAAGAUGGAGGCUUUACAACUCUACGAUAGGAUCGAACGCAAGGCAGGUAUUACUUGGGCCGGGACGUCGUCGUCGUCUUGUUUGGGGUGGUCUUGGGCGGCAACGCUUUGCGGGAGCUUGUCGACUUGGUCGUCAUGGUCGAUGGAUGGUGUUUGCGCUGGCAGUUGAAGCACGCGCGUGCAAGCCACGCCGACUUGUUUUGAAUCGUGUCCUUGCGAAUGUCAAAACUCACGGUAAUGCCGACGGCGCGGAACGGAUCCACGGCCACCAGUUCCUGGAACUUUUGGCGAGCCUUGUCGUCAAAGCAGUGGCCUUGACCGUGCAUGCGGGAAAUCCACGUCGUUGUUACCGCGACCACAUCUUCCGCCGAUGGAAGACUUGUCGUGGAGGAAGUGGCCGAUGGAGCGGUGGCCGCGCGGUCCUGCUGCCUGUCGGUCGUGGUUUGCAUAUGAAUCUGCACGGACUGCUUUUGAAUUUCCAAUGGCGUAGGUGCAUCGUACAGGUAGCGCCGCUUUAGCUGUACACCCUUUUGGUCCUUCGAUGGCAAUGGCCUAGUGCUCACUUCCGCUUCCUCCGAUCCAUUGGAAGACGACGUCACGCUUGCGGCGUCCCCCGAUGCAGUGCAAACCACGUUGUUUUGCUCGUCACCAAGCCAAGGUUGUAAAAGCUGAUGUUGUUGUUCUUGGAGGUCCUGUUGGUCGUGCUGGUCCGCAGAGCUCGUUGGCAUUUCGUGGUGGAGUGAUGGCGUAUCCGAGUCUUGUGGCUGUUGAUCGUUGACGUCGUUCCCCGUGGCAGUGUUGCCAUUAACGUCAUCGUCGUCAUGGGUUAAGCUGUCGAGAAAAGGUUGGAAUCGCAGCUCGAGGGCGGCAUCGUAGAGGUCUUCGUCUUGCGCAGUGAUGUCUGUUAUCGGUUGAAAAGAGGUUGAGCCGUACAUGGCGUGCGAUGGUGAAGGAGAGAUACAACGCGACGAUGCGCGGUCCAUUCCUGAGUUGCCUUCGUCGCUGCUGUUUUCAUGGUGCCCAUACGCCUGUUGAUUGAAUAAUUGCUCUUCUUCCAGGUGGCGCCGAAUGUCGAGGGAAAUGUCUUUUGAGAACGUGUAGUUCGUUUCAGGGCGGCUCUGGUGGUGGCUAGGAGACGAUGUCAACGAUGGCGUGGACGUGCGGCAAGCGGAAAAGUCAAACGGAAGGAGGUCGUCGGUAAAAUGUCGACAUAAGAACGCCUCGUCGUUGGGAAAGGCGUCGAGAGCAGGAGAGUCGUCUUGGGAGGAUUCGUACACGAGUGCCGACGGUGCGGUCGAGUGGGUAGUGUCAGAGACGAAGCGCGGGGAGAAUGAAGCACGUUGAUGGUCCAUCACGUCGCGAGGAAUGUGCUGUGGGCCCUGUUGGGGAUGGUUGUUGGCGUGUUCUUCAGUGGUGUGGGGAUGCUGAUGAUACACAGCUUGCUGAGGCGGACAUACAUAUCCUGGUGCGGUCGGUGACGGUGGAGAUUCCAUUUGGUUGAUCAAUGGAGUUGAGCCUACAGGAUGAGCGGACAUUCCGUGGUGCGGCGAUGCCACGACGUAAUGUGGCUGAAGAGGCGCAAACGAGUUGCUGUAAAAUUGUUGUGGAGGGGGCAUGAAAAGAGCGGGCGAGGGCGCCACGGACACGUAAGGAUGAUGAUGAUGGUGGUGGUGCGGAUGGUGGAGAUGGAAUUGCAUCGGAUACUGAGUGGGUUGGACAAAUGCACUCAACGGCGGCACUUGCAUGUGGUACAGCACCGACUGGAGAACGUUGGGUUCGACGUAAUGGGAUUGCUCAAGCUGCUGGUAUACAUUCGCGACAAACGUAAGUGUGGCCAAAAUCUCCAUCGGCAACGCUUGGGUGUGCGUGAGAGUUUGAACAACGUGAGGAAGAUAUGCUGCGUCACCGGUGUCAUACAUGUGGGGUUGCUUUGUGGGGAACGUGAGCUGGAGCGUCUGCGCCAGAUGCACGCACUUGACCAGGACGUCGUCGCGCUCGAGCGUCGCUUGGUUCAUGUUCCGUCGCCGAAGCGUUGGCGUCAAACGACCCGCUUGGCAAAAAAAG